AUGAGUGAUCUGCCCUCGCCUCGUGUUAAUCAGUCUCCACCGUUCACUCACACGGGAGUUGAUUACGCCGGUCCCUUCCUCAUCACACCGUUCGUAGGAAGAGGACAGAAGGCGAGAAAAAAUUGGGUAGCCUUGUUCAUCUGUCUAGUAACCAAGGCUAUUCAUUUGGAGCUGGUUGAAGAUUGUUCAAGUGCUGGAUUUCUUUCCGCCUUUCGUAGGUUUGUUAGUCGCCGAGGUUUACCAAAAAGCCUUUAUAGCGACAACGGUACGAAUUUUCAGAGAGCGGACAAGGAAAUGAAGAGCACAUUCGAAGCUCUAAUGAAAGACCCGGCAUUGCACGACUGUCUUGCAAAUGAUCGCAUUGAGUGGAAGUUUAUUCCUUCUGCUGCUCCGCAUUUUGGUGGAUUGUGGGAAGCGGGCGUGAAGAGUUUCAAAUCGCGCCUCAAGAGAGUAGCCGGGUCGCGUACCCUGUCACAGGCUGAAUUCACGACCCUCCUCUGUCAAAUAGAGGCGUGUUUAAACUCACGACCUAUCGCGGCGCUCAGCGACGACCCGAGCGAUUUGUCCGCGCUCACACCGGGUCAUUUUUUGAUCGGCCGACCGAUCAUCGCGGUACCGGAGGAAUCAGUACUCGCGAUAAACGCUAAUCGACUGCAGAGAUGGCAACUAAUCCAAGCGAUGACCGAGCAACUUUGGCGUACAUGGUCGCAAGAUUAUUUGCACUCUCUGCAACAGCGUCAAAAAUGGACGGAAAAAACUUCAUGUUUUCGCGUAGGCGAGUUAGUAUUGUUAAAGAACCCUUUGCUCCCUCCGAGUAAAUGGGAACUCGGACGAGUAACUCUAAUCCAUCCUGGAUCUGACGGACUCGAGCGCGUCGUUACAGUGCGAACCGCGCGUUCCGUUUUAAAGAGACCUAUCACGUUACUGUGUAGACUACCGAUUAACAGUGAUAGGUAA